AAUAUGGCCGUGAUCUUGGAGACUUUAAGCCUAAGAAGUCUUAUAGCGUUUGCGUUUCUCUUGCUCGGUAUUUUAAUCGUUUUUUUCGUCACUGGUGGGAAAAUUGGUAAGUAGAAGUUAUGUUACCCGUUAGCAAUCCACACAUAUUUUCUCAUCAUUCUCCGCAUCUUUUCCUCUGUAAUUUGUAUCCAGUAAGUUGACUCGUAAUCAUCAUUUGAGCAGCAAGCCGAGAAUCUUUUGUUCUUGAGCGAUCUUAGGGACAGGUUUGAUAAAUGAAUCUUAUUUCGCAAUAAACGACAGGACACUGUAUCGAUUUGAAUUAUGCGAUUGCCCGAGUCUUAAAGCAAGUGCUAAUUCAUUAAACUUGACUAGGAAUACACAAGCACUCAGCGAAGGUCAACUUACUAUUUUAAGCGCUAAAAACAUUAGAGACUUACAAACCGUGACAGCCUAAUAAUUUCUGUAUUCAUAACCGAGGGACUUGAUUUCUGACAGGUCAUUUGUCCCUUAAUCGAUUUAUCUUGAUGACUUAUUGUGGUCACAUUUUUUUUUAUCUUCACAUCUCGUCACAGAUAUUGCUUCUUGUUCUUGUUCUCAUAAAGCUGCCAAACGUGCAAACUAUAACUUCACUUUUAGUUAGUAGUUCAAUAUAGCUUUGCAUAGCCUCAUUAUCCGGGUAAAAGUGAAACCAGGCAUAAUAAGAACCGAAUAAAUGUAAUAACGCUGAUUGCAUGGAAUGAAUUGUUUUGAUCUACGUUGUAAUCUUUUUUGUUUUUUUCUUUUUGUUUGAAUGUUAAAUGACGGCGUCCCUUAUGGAAAUAUUUCUGUUUCCUUUAUACACUCGAACUUAUUAUACCAUGUAAAUACACUUGGGAUGAAAACGAUACUCACUUUAAGAUUUUUCAGGCUAUGCUCAGCCCUAAAAGUACCAAAAAGGGGUGUCUAACCUCCUGCCCCCAGCCCUCAUCUGACCCUGACCCCAUCCUUCCUCUAGGGUUUAGUAAGUUCCCAAGGGAAACAUUGAAACUAGGAUAAUAAUAAUAAUAAUAAUAAUAAUUAAUAAUAAUAAUAAUAAUAAGCUUUAUUUAUCCAACAAUAACAUAACAGAUACAAUGGAUUUACAUAAAUUAAAGGGGAAAAACAUUUGUAUAGGUAAUAGCAUGAUUUGCAGUGAUAUUUGGCAUAAAUACCAUGAGUGAUAUUUCGAAAUUGUUAUACGUAAAUCACAAGUAUUUAUGCCAAAUAUCACGCACAAAUCAUGCUAUUAUUUGUUUAUACUACUACCCACAAAAGGUUUGUAAUUUUCACAUCUAGGUAUUUCAAAUUAAGCUGAAAUACCACUGCUCUAAACCAAUCAAAUUGCAGAAAUUUCUCAUGUAGUGGUAUAAACUAUGAAAUACUAUCAAGUGAAUUUCUAAUUAAGGUAAGUAGAAAUAUACAGAUCACAAAAAGGGGAGUCUUGCAGCUCUUGCUAAAAACGAGUUAGUAUGUCUUUGCGUUCUUGACUUUGGUACUCCUACUGAACCUGGUUUAGAUCUUAAGUUAUAGCCGUGGCUGGUAUUUGGCUUUGUGAGAAAAAUUUGAUUUGGGUGGUUAAAAUCAUGCUCAAAACAUGAGUUGUGCAAAGGACAAGAUGUAAAGAGCUUUAUUAAGAAGCCAAAGAAAAAGAAACAAGGAAAUGACAGUGAAAUGCAUGUUAUUGUGUGAGUAACCUCUUGAUUUGGGGAUAUCAACAGGUGUCAUGUGGAGCAGCUCGUUUAAGGGACGUGAGUGUGAGGGGUGGGGAGGGGAGAAAAGAGGCCAUGCCCGCAUCUUGCUACAUGUCUUCUUGCAGCUUGCCUUGAUUGCCAGCCAAAAAGUACUGUUGGCCAGAACCUCUUUAGAACCUCUAAUUUGACAGGUUCUUGUUGGCGCAAAGCUCUAUUGUUUCAGAGUUGGGGUUCAUUGUUAGUUUUGUUUGGGUUAGGGCUAUCUAUUGUUUUCUAAACUAAUCCUGUGAGCCAUUCUUAGAGCUUCCGGCCCACCCCAAAAAAAGAGAUUGUUUGCAGGCUAGUACGCAAACAACAAAAUAGUGCUACCCUGCCUUGUGAUCACCCCCCACUCUCCCUCCGCCUCCUGUUUCUACAACUACUUUGCUAUUAAAACUACACUUUAGCCCAAACUUAAUACUCAGUCACUCUCUUUUCGGCACUGCUGUGAAUUAAGUGUCAAAUAAAUCAGUGAGUCACAAGUCACCUAUUCCUCGUUUUAACCCCAACUCUGACCUUAACCUCUAAUCCUAACCUGACACAAUUUGUCUCACUAUAACUCUUUGACUCAUAAGACAUGUAAAACAAGCAAUCUCAGCCUACCUCAUGUUGUUCUCUGAAGGUUUCUUUUGAGAGUAUGGCCAAUCCACCACCAGAAUCCUUUCAUGAUCUGUUUUCUACAGGCUAGUGAUCUGUGCCCUCCAUAAUGUCUUGUUGUUUACAGUCCCUUUAUCUUUAAUCUGUUAAUCACCUGUUGUUUCAUCUUUAAUAUACUCACUUUGGAGGUUGGUUGGCCGCAUCUUGGAUAUGCUUUAAGGUGACAGCGCAAUGCUGUUAGUGAGUUCUUGUGUGCCAGUCAUUACUUGGCUGUGUAGCCGCGUGAUGCGGUUCCAGUCGAGACCCACAAAUUGGCCCUUGCUCACCAUAGAGUCUCCAGUAGCUCAAGUGGUUAGAGCAUCCGACUAGACUACGGAGGGUCGUGGGUUCAAAUCCCAUCUGGGACUCGGAUUUUUUUCCGAGUCCUCCUCAAAAUUAAUAUCAUGUUGUUAAUCACCAAUAGCAUAGAUUAAUCAUGGAAAUGGGUGGUCAGCUAGCCAGGCGGUAGGUGAUGACAGAUAGCUCUUACAAAUAACAAUAACUGCGGACUUAAACACUGGUAAAGACAGAACAAUAACAGGAACAGACAGAAGGCUGUUCAACAUUGGUAUACAUCGGGCAAAAAAAGUACUUGGUAGGCAUCAACAAUAGCAGGUAGCGAUAACGGCAACAGACGGAAGACUGUUCCGCAUAGGUAUACAUCGGGCAAAAAAAGUACUUGGUAGGCAUCAACAAUAGCAGGUAUCAACAAUAGCAGGUAGCGAUAACAGCAACAGACGGAAGACUGUUCCGCAUAGGUAUACAUCAGGCAGGUAGUAUGUUAUACUAUUGAACUCUGUGGUACGGGAGUUGUUAAGAAGUUAACUCCAUCCAUUUCUUAACAGCAACAUUUUUGCCAGUAAAUUAAUUAAGAUCUUUUGUUGUUCUUGUUUUUAGCUCCAGCUCCGACUACUGCAUCAUCACAUUUGGCAAAUAUAUGUGUAGGAAAUCUGUCAAAGCUUGAUUCUUUUUAUGACCCAGCAACAUGCAGCAGACUCGACAGCAUUAAACAAGCCAUGAGUGACCCAAGGCACAUCAGAGCAGAUCAGAUUGUCUUUGCGAUCCGUUUUCCACAUCCUGGUCUCUAUAUGUCACGGUGGUUCCAGUUUCUUUCAACAUCAAUAAGACUGGAGAUUGAAUACAAUAAAUUUCAUAAGUAUGAUAACAAAGGUGAGUGUUAUACAUAGAGUGCAAACAGUCAAAACUGCAAGUACCACCCUCGGUGGCACCCUAGCAGCAGUGAGCCUUUCUUUUGCUUGCUCGAAGGUCUUUGUUGAUAAGAUAAGGAAUAAGCUCUUUGGAAUUUAAUCUAACUCUGAUGACUAUCUUAAAAUCAUGCAUCAACCUAAAUUUAACUAGCUCAGGAACACAACUAAACUUAUAUUCUCUGUGUAAAUCAUAUUGUAAUUAAAUUAGCUUCAUACACACUAUAAUAAUAUAUAUAUUUUUAUUUUGCGACAGCUGGUACUGUUUGUAAAAUAUUUCUUUUUUUUCCUUUCCUUUCUUUAAAUUUGUGUGUCUCUUCCCCCUGCCUCGAUUAGGCUCUCCUAUACGCGGGUGGAAGCUAUCAUGAAAUUGUAAAUUGAGAUUGAAUAAAGUUGAAGUUGAAGUUGAAGUUCUUUGUUGAGCAUCAGUUGGUACAGUUUUGAAACUCAGGCCUUGCAGCUGUGUGCUUAGUACACCGUUUUUUCAAUACAGAUAGAGAUGCUCACACUUGGAAAACCAGUUUGAAGAGAGAAAACAAGAACCUAGACAUUUUUUGGCAUGAUGUCUUGUGCCAAAUACUGGGACAGGAAAUAACUUUUGAUAAAGUCUAGUAUUAUACAGUACUAUGGACUCAAGUGAUGAUCAAUUCCACUAAAAGCUUAAUUCCACAGGUUUUUACUUUACUUCAAAAAGCAUGAGACUACAUUCACUGAGGUGAUUUUGUUUCGAUUCCUACAAUGUAAAGCAAAAUAAAAUUUAAUAGGCUAGCAUAAAAGUUGACCAUAAUGUUACUGAUACCAAGGUGAUUGCAAAAUUAGCUUACAAAUGGCGUACCCUACUCCUGCAUGGUGGGGGGAGGGAAUGUAAAGGUACACGUAGGCUCUGGCAAAAAUUAUUUAUGUAUAAAAAUGCAUUAUGCAUCUUAACAAUUUUCAAUAUUUUUAUGUUAAUAACUAUGGCUAAUUGGACAUGCUGUUACCUUCCAGAUGGUGUUCUUCCUACUCUGGAAUUUUAUACUCACCUGGGUUACAGGAGAAAAGGUGAAGAUUCUUGGAAACUAUAUCACAAAGGACAUGAAAAUAGGUCACUUGACUGCAAGUUUUUUCAAUCAACGGUAGGCAAGUUUAUUGGUAAAUCAGUCUUUCAGACAAGUGAUAGGAUAAAAAAACUGCAAUAGUGAAAAUGAAAGAUGAUGUCUGUUGUAUGGUACAACUUAUUUGUGGUUAGAAUAUUAUACUUCUUGAGUCCUUUUCUAUUGUUAUUCUUUCAAGAUCUUGAAGGUUGUAUGAGAGAUCGAACCCUAUGAAGUCAGUUUUCUUUGCGUCAUUUUUAAGGCAUUGAAAGAAAUUAAGAAGUAAUUAAAGGUAGGAAAACAAAACCCCUUUAAAGAACUGUUCAGCACUUUAUCAAUGCAGUUGGUAUUUAAAUUUACAAGACUGUUAGGUAAAGUUGAGAAAAGGUUAGUUCAAUUUCACAGCGUGCAAAUGAAAAAGACAGAGAAAGCUUCUUUUGUUGUUUUACAGAGUGGAACUGAUGAUGGCUACUAUAAAUGUGAGGAGAUGCCCUUCUUUGAAAUCGGCAGUGUGCACUAUGAAGAAUACCUAGUAAAUAUAAGACUCCCAGCUGUUAAAACAAAUGAGAAGAUUGGACAAGUGGCUGAUAUACACUUUGUGGUAAGUUGCAUUAAUAAACUUCAGUCAAUAUAUCAGGGCUGUCACUAAGAUUUCAAGUUGCUGAGUAUAUCCAGUUAGUACACAGGGAAUUUAACAGCUAAUAAGUUCUUUUGCAUUUAAGACAGAACCCAUUAGCAAAUUGAGUAAUUUUAAUUUUCAGUGGACAGAAACCUUGUACCAGAAUAUUUUAAGCGAUAUCGCAUUCUUUUUCACUCUUUUCAAGGGCUAUAGAUAUUUAACAAUAUUAUUCCUCUAACCCGAAUGGGCUCUGAGUCAAUAGACCAUUCGGCCUUCGGCCUCAUGGGCUAUUGACUCAGAGGCCAUAAGGGCAAGAGGAAUAAUUGUUUUAGUAAAACUAGUUGGUCAAAAAUAUCAAGACAAAACAACUUUAGUUAGUUAAAGCUAGACUUUAAUCCUUUUUUGCUGCCAAAAAGCCGCUCUUUUCACUACUAGUGGGCUAUAACAUAUAGCCUAGUAGUAGCUGCACCAAUCAGAACCCAGCAUUGCUAAUAGACCACUAGCUGGAUUUUACUAAAAUUAGUUAUCUGUAAUAACACCAGAGACAGUUUCUCACGGGAGCCCAAGAAAAUAAUUAUCGUCAAAUUUCACAAGAACUGUGAAAACAUAGGUAAAAUUCUGAAAAUUUCAUGUGUAAGAUGUCAUUUUGUAAAAUGCAAGAUAUAUUUUCUCGGGCUCCCAUAAGAAACUUUCUUUGGUGUUAUAACAGAUAACUAAUAAUAGAUGUAAUUAUUACAUCUAUUUUAGCCCUUGAAAAAUGUAAAAAAGAAUGCGAUAUUGUUUAAAUUAUUCUGGUACAAGGUUUUUGUCCACUGAAAAUUAAAAUUACUCUAUUUCCUGAUGGAUUCCGUCUUAAUUCCUUAGCUGGGGGGAAAUCUCCAGUCCCCACGCCUUAGUGACAGCCCUGAUAUACAGUUGAAUAUGUUGUCAUUCAACUUUAUCCUUCGUUUCAAAAUAAUUUUAGUUUGCUUCAAACUUAUUAUUAUACAUUACCAUAUCCAAAGUGUAAGGAUCAAAAUAGAAUUUUCAGGAUCUUAUAAUUAUUGCUGAAAGGGCUGUUAAUGCUGUAAAGUUAAACUCUCAAACAGGAUCAACUGAAUCUUUCAUGUUUUCUUCAGACCAGUGUGUGUCAUAAUUUAAUCAAUAAAUGACGUAAAAGGCUCUCUUGUUAAGCCCUUCCACCCUUAUUUGCCAAAACCGGCUAAUAAUACAUUAAGAAGUUCAUUUCCAGCCACUUAAGGGCUUAAGGUAUCCUUUCAAUUUCACUAAUCUAAUAUCUUAUUAUGUUAUUAUUUAAAAGGAAAUUCACCAAAAUGGAGGUUUUACCAAGGUGUGGUUUACUAUCAAGACCAUUGUUGCACCUAUUAGCAUAAUUAUACUUCUCUGGUAUGCCAAGAAAGUGAAAGGUCUCCACAGAGACCCUAACCUUCUGGAAAAGUAAGUUAACUUCAACUGAAAAUGUAUGUGGUGUUAUAUUUUGCUUUCAAAGUCAGUGUCUUAGUUAGGCUGCCUGGUUUAAGCUCAAUAAGAUGAAUGCCAGUCUGUGGGUUAGAACCCCUGGUCUCACCAGCACUCAGAGUCUUAAAAAACCUUAGGCCCCGUCCUUCAACUCUUUUACUAUUCAGACAGAUUAGAGAAGGUAAGCGAAACCAUGGUACUGUUUGUUACGAAUAGGGGAUUAAGACUCUGGUGGUGUGGUCAACCUUUAUCAUGUCAUUUUGUGUAUCUGUGUUUGUGAAUGUGCUGUGGAAGGCCAUCAGGUUUCAAGCUGCCAUAUAUUAUAAUUAUAUAACCUGCUUUAUCAAAUAUUGAUGAUGAUGAUGAUUGCUAUGAUUACCAUGGUCAUUGAACAAAAACUUAACCCAUUUAGUUGAAGAUAUAUUUAGAUGAUGCUUUGCAAUAAUUAUGUUACGUAUUGUCUCCUCACUAAGGAGGUUUGUUCUCCCAAGUUUUAGACUCAAGUGAGUCAAAAUAACCAUUUAGUUAUUUCGAUGAUUUCUAAUUAUUUGACAGGUCACUGUUUGCUUUGGGAAUUGUGACAGCAUUUAUGGAUUGUAAGUGUUUCAAUUUUCUAACUACAGUCACUGUGGAACCUCUCUAAAGUGAAGAGCCAAGGGCUAGCAAAUAUGUUCACUAUACUAAAGUUUUGUCAUAUCGAGGUUCUUGUCGACAUGUUUUACUAUUUCUAAUUCAUUGUACUGAAGACCUUGUUAAAUAAGUGUUUUUUAUAGUGAUGUUCCACAUGCGAAUAUUUUUACUAGAACUGUAGGAGUGAAUUUUGUCAUUUUUUCUUAAAUUUCAAAAUAUUUUCAGUUCCCCUAGAGUGGUUGACUUUGUUGGCAGACAUGCCGUACAUGUUACUUUUGAGUGACAUUCGCCAGGGAUUAUUCUAUGGAAUGCUGAUGAUGUUUUGGAUAAUUUUUACUGGAGAACACUUGGUGGUAAGUUUUUUGUGCAAAAACCUUCCUAAUAGCAUACAUACUAGCAAAUAAUUACAAGCUACAGUUACAAAACAUAUUAUAUUUUCAACAAAGACACAACUUGUGUUGCUAAAUUAAAAUGUUAGUACCUUGGCGUUUUAGUGUAAGCCCAACAGAAAACUUAUAAAAAUUUAGCUUUCACUAGAAACAAGAAGAGUUAACUGCAUUGAUGUGAACUCUCAUUGUUGACAAAAUAACAUACUGAUAGUGAUAAACAAACUAAAAGCCUUAUUUAAUUAAAAAGCUUGGCUUGGCAGUAAUAGUGAUAGACAGUCAGUAAAGUCGCAUCCAAUUUUCUUUUUUUUUUGGCAUUUGUUUUUUGUAAUUCUGUUAGUACUAAUGCCAAGCACGUUUUUCUCAGGACCAACCAGAACGAAAUAGGCUCAAGACUUACUGGCGCCAGGUUGGUGCUGUUGGAUUUGGAUCUCUCUCUUUACUGGUGUUUGAUCUCUGUGAGAGGUAUGGCUUUUGGGAAAGUAACUGACUUAAGUCAUCUCAGGGAAAUUUAAAAGCCGAUAUUUUGAGGGCAACAGCAAUUCCGUUGAAGUAUUUUUCUUCUUCAAUAAUGCAUGGUUCAAUUUUACUUGUAACUAUGUCCCCCCCCCAUAGCACACCCCCUGGGAUUUGCAAUUUUUUCUCUCUUGGAGGUCUAUUCGCCACCCCGAGCUCCUGAUUGACCUCAUAUACAUUUUCUGCUACAUCUUUUUGAUCCAUACAAAAGCAAAACGACACGUUUUCACAACUUUUAUGAGCGUUUUUCCUGAGAUUUUUAGAGAAGGAUAUGGAUGUCAUAAUGAAAAUGAAAACGAAGAAGAAACACUCUUUAAAAAGCGCCUCCUUGAUAGAACACUUCAUGAGAACACUAGACCAAAUCUGUUUCUCUCUCUAUAUCAAAAGCCUCGUAUUUGUUUUCAUGUAAAAACUUAUCGUUAUUUAAAGCUAAGCUGAAGGAAUAUUUCUGUCCGUCCUUUCCAAAAAACAAAAAUCCAUUCGAGUAUGCAUCAUAUGCACAUUCGUUUCAAAUUUAAAAACAUUUAAAUACAGGCUUUUAUUCCCCUCCAACCACUCUCUGACAAAUUUCUGCAUUUUUCGUUGAAAAUAAGUAGUCUUGAGGUCCGCAGCCAUCGUGUAAACCAUGCGAGAAAUAACACAAACUGCAGAAUCAACGAGAAGAUAUUUUUUAUUUGCCCUACCCCCCUACCCCCGGGACAGGACCACUUCAAAUAAUUCCCCACCCCCAGGCCCAAAGGGGUGUACUUAUCCGGGGGGUUGCCUGGGAGUUGGUAACAAGUAAAAUUGAACCAUGCAUAAUCAAGGGAGAUUUAUUCUGAUGAAGGGCUGGCCAAUAGCUAAUGUAUCAGUCAGUUUCAGCUGUGCCCAUGGGCCACACAAAGUUUGUUAAUGCCCCACCCCUAGGACUGACAAGGUUGGCAAAUGCCCUGUAAUAGCCCAAGGAGGGGGAUGCGUGCAGCUGGAAUUGACUGAUACUUAAUUACCUUUGUCAACAUGAGCUUAUAACUUUAGUUAUCUAUAUAAAAGCUUUUUACUUAAAUAAGGUGAAAUAAGCUGAAAAAUAAGCUUAUAUUACAUGGCUAGGCUGAUAGCCUACAAGUAAGAUAAACUUUUAGUCAAACCUUAACUAAUGCAGUGACUACUUAACUAGCUAAAACCCUCUGAGCAUCGGCUGCAUUUUCGAACGCUAUAUCACUCCGUGUUAAGCUAAUGGCUUAGAAAGAGGGAAUAAAUAUUCAGGGAAUUCUAAUAAGGCAUACAUUUGCUUUAAGUUAGUUUUUCAUCACCUAAACCUAUUAAUACCUGUCUAAAAGACAAGGUUAUAUGCUAACAGAACCAAUAAGCAAGCCUACCUUUUCUGCAGCAGUAAGCUUAAAAGGCUUGAUCGUUGACCUGUUUUUUUCACUCGGUACUAAUAGUUCCAUGACGAGUCAAAGCUGGGAAUGCCACAGCCGUCUUCGCUGGUUACAUCUUAAUCUUUUUUUUUACGGUGGUGUGUGAUAUUUUACCUCGUUUUCUUCAAUAAUAUAUGAAAACGCUUUCUCGAAGCGAGAAGACAGGACGCCAUGCUUGUCUUCGCUUGCUAUGUCAUUUUCCCGCCCUUUCUCUGGCACCUGACCCCAGUGUUUUCCCGCCAGUUUUGUCUGUGCGGUGUGUUCCCGCCAUUUUUUGCCCUACCCCCUCCCAGUGCCCAUAGAUACACUCAAGGGGUCAGUUCCGUUAGCCAAGCGCAAAAGUGAGCUCCUGUUAAAUACUGUAAUCACGAAAAGAACUUAGUGUUUGCGUAAGAAAUGUGGAAUGUUUUCUUGUUUCAGAGGCUAUCAACUUCACAAUCCUUUCCACACAAUCUGGGCCACCAAAGUAGGAAACAAUCUGGCGGUAUCCUUUUGUAUAAGUGUAUAUAGUUCAUCGGUGCUUGCCGUUUUGUAAGACCGACUGUUUGAAAUUCUUAGGGACCAACCCCCGAAAAUGGCGAAUUUUUUUCCGAGUGUGUUGCCGAAGAAAAAUGCGCAGGUACGUCCCGAGUGUGUCUGCUCACGAGUGCUUCCUCUGUAUAUGCUUUCAUGGGGGUUUGGGAAGAGAGGCAAAGAAGGUGCUUUUUCUUAACUUUCUCAGUACGCCUUUAUUAUCGUAGCGGCAGUCUGUGCAUCUCUCUACUUCUUGUUUCUCUGUGUCAUGGUGUUCAGAGUGUUUUGGAACAUCCGGGGUAGAAGAGCUGCAAUACCUACCAUGUCACGCGCAAGACAACUGCAAUAUCAGGUAAGAAUCACUGCUAUACUUUGCUGUAGUCGUGCUUCACGUUUUCCGUAGGAAAGUUGAGCAGUCCAGGUAUACUCGAGAGCUUUUCACAGUUACAAUAUUCUUUUGUUGUUGUGGGACAAGUUGCACGAGACGUUGUCAUCGUCCAAAGUAUAACGCCCUGAAAUGAUUAAUAUAUUAUUCCUGUCAACGUAGAUGCUCAGUGGAGUAUUCGACCAAAGAAGUAGACCUUGAUUUUACUUCUUGGAACACUUGCUUGGCGACGAAAGUGUUAUCAGAAGUGUUUUCAUGAAGGGGGAGGGGUGGGGUUCCACACGUGGCCACUUUUUCCCGCAAUCCAAAACAGAAUGCAAGACAAGGUGCGAGUUAUUGUGCCUUCAGGGCCGUACCUAGGAUUUUUUGUCUGCGGGGGCAAACUCGGUUUUCGUGAGAUUUCGGACCAAUAUAGCUACAAGAAACAGCCCAGCAAAAUCAGACACUAUGUUAGAAAAAAAACAUUUAGUUUUCCUGGCGGGGGCAACUGCCCCCUUCGCCCCCCCGCUAUGUACGGCCCUGGCCUUAAAUGAAAUGAAUAUUCCAGAGCUCUUCCAAUUCUCACGUAGCAGAGUCUUAAAAUCGUUGUUCAUCAUCCAUCCUAUUGUUUAUUUUUUCCAGGGUUUGAUCUACCGGUUUGAAUUUCUGAUGGUAGUGACAGUGUUGUGUGCUGGUCUGACAGUCGUGUUCUUUAUCAUCACAAAUGUUAACGAAGCUCAGUGGAAAUUCGGAGAGGAGGAAUCUACAGUAGAGAUAUCAAGUGAGAAACACGUGUUUAUGACCGGGGGGGACUCCCCAUAUGAAAGGGGUGGGAUACUCGUCGUCUCGCUUAGGGGUAUAAUUCUGGGCAGAACGCCAUCAUAUUUAGCCGUGAAGGCCUCGUUUAGGGUGGCACGCGAAAAAAUAUAAAAAUAUUUUUAUUGUCUGUGUUUCAACAUGGUCUCUUUUAGGAUUCGAAAAAAGCUUGGGUCUCGCCCAGAUCGGUCUCCUUUAGGGGUUUGAUACAAAAUUUCCGACGAGCAUCCCCACCCCUUUCAUCCCCUUUCAUAUGCGGAACCCCCCCCCCCACCCCCGCCGGGGGGUUAUGAACCUUUUCUUUCUAGACGUAAAAUGUGGCUUUAACUUUGCGCAUGUGUGGACGAAAUUCUAAAAUGUGACCAUUAAAAUUAAAUUUCUUAGGCAGUAUCUUCACACUGGGUGCUAUUUCUUUUCAAUAUAUUUGCAGAAAAAAAAUGGUAUUUUUUCCUCAACUUUGAGGCAUUCUUAGACAAAGGAAUAAAUAAAUAAACGUGUACAUUAAUAAAUUGUUAAGUAAAUAAAUGAAUAGAUAGAUGGAUAAAAGAAAAGAGUAGUCAACUUCCUUAAAGUGGACACCUGUUCAACGCAGAACGGCACGGCUCAAAGGUUACCGUUUUUCCAAUCGAGUGCAGUUUGGAAGGUAUUCGUGUCAUCUUUAGCAAAAUUAACGUUAUUAGUCAAAACUUAACAACAUCUGUAGACUACUCCGUUAUAUUUCAUCUCCACUUAGAAUUUUUGUUCAACUUUUCUCCGAAUUAAUGACCUUUUUUCAGACCAUGUUUUAAAUAUGAGUUUGGUAGCUGAUAGCCUGCGAACAGCAGACGCAUUUCCGGUUCGGAGGGAGAGAAGCGACGACCGGAAAUGUGUCUGCUGUUCGCAGGCUAGGUGGCUGAAUUCAGCACCUCGAUUAUCAUCACUCCUGUUGAGUCCUAACAUAGAGUAUUACUUUCCAUGGUUUCUUAAGGUGCACUAUUCACCGGGAUCUAUGGCUUGUGGAAUGUAUAUGUUUUCGCAGUGGUUAUCCUGUAUGCACCUUCUUCUGCUCCCCUAGCCUCAGGUAACUCAUUUCUAAAUAAUACUUUACUGUUACAGACCGCAGCCGAAAUGCUGCUUCCUCUGGGGGUGGAUUUCCACUGUGGUGUAAUUGUCACGUGCGAACAUGAAAUAGAGGCAAUGUAUGAAAGGCCGCGUGUAAACGUAAAAAUUAAGAGAGGUUCAACUUUUAUGUUUACGUUUACACUUCAUAAAUUGCCUAUAUUUUAUUAUUGCGCGUAAGCACGUGAUUUUCACCUGCGCAGGCACGUAAUAACGUAGAGGCAAUGUAUGUCUAUUUUACUGUUUUACGCGCGUAACGUUUUCUUGCUUUACGCGACUUUGGAAUUCCACCUCAAAGACAAGAUCAAGCCGGAAUUUUUUCAGGCUUCUUUCUCGCAACUGCAAAAGUUACGUCUAUAACUGCGAUGAUCUUCUUUCAUGUAAUUGGUUUAUCUUUGUUAAAGUCUGGAGGGUGUUUAUACAGCAGACACAUUUCCUUGGCUGGCCAGACAUACGCAUGUUUCGUAUUCAGAGAUGUUUUACAUGGUUAACCAUAGACGAAACCUACGGAUGGGUGCACCUGUGUGAAGAGAAAAAAGUGGAGAAAGGUUCCUUGUCUAAGGGCGAGGGCGAGGGCGAGGGCGAGGCUUGAACCCCGGACCUCCAGAUCCGGAAUUCGAAGUGUCAUCUGCUUGGCCACACAUUCCUCCAAGGCUAGCCACGAGGAUACUCAUUGUUCCAUCGUAAAAAGCUUUCUUACAAAAAUCCUUUUGGGUGGAUCGCGCUCAAAAUUUUCAAAGACGCUGGGAAUGACGCAAUCUUGCCGUGGUUAUUUUUAUAUUUACUUUUUUUACAGUGGUGACUUUUAAGAAUUUUGAGUUUUAAUAUUUUUUUGCAGAUGUGGCAGAGGAACACGAAAGAUUAGAGUUGCGCAGCCGCACUGAGGUUCGCAUGACAGAGGGAGAAACAGAGGAGUCCGUCAUUUACAAGUUCACGGGGAAAGCCGCGCAGAGCUAACUUAAAACUACUUAAGAUUUAAAGGAGUAAACCCGCAAAGUUUAUGUUUACCCGGCCAAACUAAAAGAUAAUGUAUAUUGAGAAAAGUUAAAGAGAACAUCCUUACCCUCAUGGAAGUUUGGAUUUGUAUAUACCUUAUAUUGUGGCCAACUAUCGCUUUCACUUCCUGUGAGAAUAUCAAUUGUUUGAAAAGCGCCUCGUCGCUUUAAUUCAUCAGCUUAAUGAGUUGGGCUUGUGAGGUAAAAUCUUAUGUAUAAGUAAUAUUUCAGCAUGUUGAAAAGUAUUUUCUUUUAACAAGACUACUGGCGGAUACAGCCAGCCGUUCUAUAAGUUAGUGUAUUCUUUUUUAUUUCCGUUUUGCUCUCUUUCGUGUAGUACAGCUACCACUGCUAGUAAAUUGUAAGUUACCUAAGCUAAUUAAGUUAUUGGACGUUUUUCUCUUAUUAACUAUGGUAAUAGGAACAGUAGGUGCUUACCAUUUGUCCCAAAGAACAACAGGUUGGGAUCACCGCUGAAUAAUAGUCAGUAAGAGUUUUUCCAACCGGAACAAGGAUGACACUUGGCAUUUCUUUAAUUCGUUUUCCGUUUUUUUUUUUUCAAGAAGGCGGAAAUAACUUUUAUAUUUGUUUGUAAAGCGUAGGGCAGCCGACAUGUUUCGAUCGGGAAGAAAGGGGUACAUCUAAAAGUACUCCGAAAUACCUGAAUCUGGGAAAUUGCUGUACGACCUGAAUUUUCCAAGAGAAUUCAGGAAUUGGUCGUUAAAUGCUAAGCACCCAUUUUGUGGAAAAGGGAACCGGCUCCUUGUCAAUGGGAGUGGGGAAUGGGUAGGCCUUGAAAGCCACUGUGGACCAUACAGGAUUUUGAUUGGAAUAAAGAGCUAUGCAAACAU